UGUGCCAACAAUGAAAACAUCCUUCUUUCCAAACUGAAUGUUUUUCUUCCUUCUCCUCCUUUAUCGCUCUAGCUAGGAAUUCCAGUAGCACACUGAUAAGUGGUAAUCACAGGCAUCUGUGCUCUGCCCCAGACAUAAGCGAUGCUUUCAACCUUCUCCCCAUUUGAUAUGAUAUUACCCAUGGGCUUAUUUUGCACAACCUUUAUUAUAUUCAUGCAUAUUCACAGUGUUCACACCACGGUGUCCAUACAGAGCCAGAGGACCACCUGUAAAAGUCUGUUCUCUUCUUCCACCAUUUAGUUGCUGGAAAUCAAACCCAGGUUCUCAGGCUUAUCAACAAGCGCCUUCACCCAUCGUGAGCCAUCUCUCCAGCAGUUAUCAGUAUUUUUAACAAGGCAGGUUGUAAGAGAUCCGUACAUGGGCUCAUCAAAUUCCCAAAAGACAUGUUCUUCACAUGUCUUCUUCCUUGAGUAGUGAUACAAGCAACGUGUAUCUGUCUCUAGGAUUUCCCUAUCAUUGUGUACUGCAGAAUUAUAGCUUAAAUAUUUCAGGUAACUUCCUCCUUCCCUUGCCUCAGGGAUCCAUAAGUUUAAAGGACAGAUCCUACACAGCCAAGAGUACAAGAUUCCGGAUGCCUUUCAGGGCAAGCGCAUCAUGGUGGUUGGUCUUGGGAACUCGGGAGCAGACAUCGCAGUGGAGCUCAGUAGAAUAGCAGCCCAGGUGUUUCUCAGCACUAGAAGUGGUGCCUGGGUUAUAAGCCGCUCUUCACGUGGUGGCUACCCUUACAAUAUGAUGCUCACAAGAAGAUGUAAUAAUUUUAUUGCAUACGUUCUGCCUUCCUAUUUUAUAAAAUGGGGUAAACAGAAGCAACUUAACCAUGAGAAUUAUGGAUUAAGCGUUGCAAAAGGGAAAGAAUCAAAAUUUAUCGUGAAUGAUGAGCUACCAAGCUGCAUCCUCUGUGGGAAAGUCACCAUGAAAACCAGCAUCAAGGAUUUUACAGAAUCCUCUGUCAUCUUUGAAGAUGGGACAAUAGAAGUCAACAUUGAUGCAGUGAUCUUCUGUACAGGAUAUGAAUUUUCUUUUCCCUUUUUUGAAGAACCUCUCAAAAGCCUUUGUACAAAGAGGAUCAUGCUAUACAAGCGAGUCUUUCCCCCAAAUUUGGAGAGAACAACAUUAGCCAUUAUUGGCAUGAUCACCCUUACGGGGUCCGUCUUAGCUGGCACAGAGCUCCAAGCACGGUGGGCUACAAGAGUAUUCAAAGGGCUCUGUAACAUCCCUCCAUCCAAGAAACUGAUGGCCGAAGCCACGAGAAAGGAGCAGCUCAUUAAAAGGUAUGAAGAAGAAUAGAGCUCGCUGUGGGAAAACAGUAGUAACUCUGUGCAACUACCUGUGGUUUGCACCUGGGACCCUGUCUGUCUGCCCCCCCCCCCGCACAGGAAAUCCAGUCUGUAUGCUUUUACUCCCCACCUCGCAAGAUUCGCUGGUCUCAUCUUCUUCACUACUUAAACUCGAUGAGCACCAAAAUUCAGUCUCACUCCCAGAUGGCCUCAUCCUGGCCUGGAAUGUAAAAUAUCAUCAUAGAAUUGUGCUGUCUGUAUAUGAACAUUUUGUGAUGUUUUCUAGGCUGGGCUUCAGCUUCUCAACACAAGUAAUCCUUACCCUCAGCCCCCACUUCACCCACUAGCUGGGACUCUUCCUUUCCUUGUCUAUAUAUGAAAUGCUUUCUGAUCCUGUUCAUUCACUGACAACAUCUUGUUUAGACAGACAUGACUUAAGCCUCAUGUCAUGCUCAAACUCCCCAAGAUGAUUUCCUAAAUGCUUUCCUUUCUACUUUCUAUAACAAAUUUGCCCUCACCAAUAUAUUAUAUUGCUAAAUACACGCCCUCUUGCUCAUUCUUAUCAACAUAGAAAAGUGUUCCGAAAACAAAGAUUGAUCUAACGUAGCAGUAACAAAAUGGUAGAGUGAUGAGUAAAUCUUAUGACUCAAGAUAUGUAGACCAGGGUGUGCUUGAUGAAUAUUGCUUCUCUGUUUUGCCCAUAGCGGUGUGAUUAAAGAUGCUAGAGAAGGUGUACUCGACUUCAUUUCCUACCUGGAUGAGAUCGCUCGGUGCAUAGGUUCAAAACCCAACAUCCUACUUCUGUUACUCACGGAUCCAAGACUAGCCUGGGAAGUUUAUUUUGGACCAUGUUCCCCUUACCAAUACCGCCUAAUGGGCCCUGGGAAAUGGGAUGGAGCCAGAAAUGCCAUCCUGACCCAGUGGGACAGGACCAUAAAACCACUAAAAACUCGGA